AUGACUCGCUGGGUCGCCGCCCCCCGUCUGUCUGUGCGGCGAUGGACGACGACGACCGACUUUCGUCCCCGGCAGCUCCUCCACACCCGUCGCGUCUUCUCCAGUGCAACAGCGCACCGUCAGACGGUCGUCCAAACGAGUCCGAAGCGACGGAUUGCAGUGUCAAUUGAACAACUGAAUGGACACGGCGAUGGCAUUGGCACGUACGUGUCGGAGAAAGGAGUUUCGAUGCAAGUUAUUGUGCCAUUCGGAGCUCCUGGCGACGAACUGGAGGUCGAUGUCUGGGACCGCGACGUCGAGUCUCGAGAGAAAUGGGCUGACGACGAGUUUCGACGGCCCUGGCCACUUUUCGGGCAACAACGUGACGUCCUCCAGCCCAGUCGCCAUCGCGUGCGUCCUCAGUGUAGCAAAUACUUUGGUCGCUGCGGUGGCUGCAAACUGCAGCACGUGAGUUACCGUCAACAGCUUCGAGAAAAACAGAAGUGGAUUCGCGAACUAUUUGGAUCGAGAACCCAUUCGUUGGACAUGGAGGUUCGUGACAUUCGAGGCGUUGAGACUGAUGGCGAUAAGACUGAAGGCGAUGAGACCAGCGUGUACCAGUACCGCAACAAGAUGGAGUUCACCUGCAGCACCGGUCGCUGGCUGUUGGAAGAAGAUGAGGUUGCAGAUGAUACCAGUUCGUCGUCUUCUUCGUCUCCCAGCUAUCCAUUUACGGUUGGAAUGUUUCCGGCGAUGUCGGUUAGUGCUCGUCGGUCCAAGCAGAUCCACGGUAAACGAAAAGCUCGUGGACAUCGUGCUGGUGUGUGGAGCCCGAGGAUUUUGUCGCUAAGGGAAUGUUUGUUGCAAUCUUCAGCUUGUAACAAACUGCUUCAGCAGCUUGUGUCGAGGUGCGAGGAGGCAGGUGUAAAGGCAUAUGAUUUCACCACCCACGAAGGACAUCUCAAGCAGAUUGUGCUGCGUCGUGGUCUGAAUCGUGAAGGGCGCACGGAGGUCAUGUCGGGACUCGUCACCACGACGUUUUCCGGAGAACAGAGCGAGCUGCUGAAAUGUGUUGUGCGUGACCUCGUUGAGGAGCACGAAACGAGCCAUCUGGGCGAGAAUGCUGAUGAGUCACGACUCGUGUCAGUUGUGGAAAGUCUUGACGGCGAAGCUCAACGCCAUCGGCGCAAAAGAGAGGAUACCACAUCCGAUUGUACGGAGGGGAACGUUUUGGAACGAGUUCUGUACGGUGACGCACACCUUGAAGAUGCUAUACUUGGUCACACCUUUAAGAUCUCGUUUGACUCGUUUUUCCAGCCCAACUCAGCCCAGACAAACGUGCUUUACCGCGAGAUUCAAGCCAUGAUCGAAUCGCUUCCCGCACAGCCUGUAAUAUGGGACCUCUUCUGCGGUGUGGGUAGCAUCGGCAUUUGCAUGGGGGCCCACGCGAAACGAGUUGUAGGAUUUGAGCUCGUAGAAGCGGCCGUGGAGCGCGCGAGAGUCAAUGCGCAGUUGAACGGCUACGGCCGUGAUCACAUGCAGUUCUUUUGCGUCGACCUGACCAAGAAUUGGCAGGAAGAGGAACUCCUGGACAAAGUUCGUUCCAGCUCAGACGAUCUGUCCGCCAGUUUCCCAGAUGUAGUGAUUGUUGAUCCUCCACGAGCGGGCCUGCACAAGAAGCUUAUCAAGAUGCUGCGACGCAUGGCCCCUCGCCACAUUUGCUACGUGUCGUGCAAUCCGCACUCGCAAGCUCGUGACCUCGAAGAGAUCUGCGCCCGUGCCAAGCCCGAAGUAGGAGAACUCGGGUCUUACUGCGUGCGACAUCUGCAGCCGGUAGACAUGCUUCCACAUACCCCUCACAUCGAAACAAUCGCGUGGCUGGAGCGUCGCGAGUAG